GUAACUACCAUUACCAGCUGGAGCAUAGAAGAGAGUUUGGCGGAUUUCUUAAACCGGACUCCGCCGGGAAUGUGGAUUUGUCUUUGGCCGCACGAUUAGCGACAAAAGGAAAACUAGGAGGGGACGAAGACGAUAACGGAUAACGGACGGACUGUCACCCAAUCCAACAAAUGAAAAAUAGUAAAGGUAAAGAAAACCCAUUUUCUCUCGUAGUCCUUUCGCCUGCCGAGCGGUGACCAGUCACAUUCAUUCCCGACGAUGGUGUGAGUGCUACAGACCCAGAAGAAGAAGGUAAAUAAACAAUUUCAGCAGCUGCCCGGAGAAAUUAGUGGAUUGUCGAAACAAAAAAAACAAAAACAAAAAAUAGAAAGGGAGAAGCCUUAGAAAAAUGGUGUGUUUUGGAGAUUCCUGGCGAUAUAUGAUGAUCCAGUUUGGUGUGUUCGUCUGUUGGGUAGUUAGAUAAGCCAACAGAGCUUCUCUUUUCUUUCGUAUUGACGAGUCGGGUGAUAGGAAGUCGGAAGGUUCGACAUCUCUACUUCUGUCGAGAAGGACAAGGAUUGGAAAUAGAGAAGCGAUCACAUAGUGAGAAGAAAUGGGGAAGCAGAGAUCACUGAGGAGCAAAGCAGUUCAUUUUGUGUCUGAUCUCACCACUGGCCUUCUCAACCCUAUCUCUGAUAAGCCUUCUUCGAACAACCAUCCUCUCCCUUCAUCUCAACCUGUAAGUCUCCUUUUUCAAUUUCCCCUUUAUCGCCGCCUCGAUGAUUCUGGCUUUAAAUUUGCUGUCUUGGGGGUGAUUGGGUGGAAACCCAGCUUCUGUUAGACGAUGGGUUUGCAUGAUUGCAGCUUCUUCUAGGUAAUUUAGGACACUCAAUUUGGUGGUUUGGAAAUGAAGGUUUCGCUUAUGUUACUUAGGAGACGAUUGAUUUCGAGGCUGAUUGUAUGUUUGGAUGGAAACUAUAGCCGUGAAGAAGCUUAUACUUACUUUCUGAAGCUGUGAUUUCUUCAUGAGUUGAAAAUGCGAGUAUCAGGCUAUGGUAUUUCUCGUUUUUCAUGUCAUUACACAAUAAAACCAGUGAAACCUUUCGGCCUUCAAGAACCGAAAAUGCUAACUGUCUCCGUAAGAACACUACAGAAAUUUUUUUUUCCUAUGGUUUGGCAUAUUAGCUAGACUCUGACUUGGUAGUUCUGUGUGAACUACAAUCCUAGUUUGGGUUCUCCUAAAGUUGAUGUACACUAAAAGCAGUUUGUACAUCUUGAUUCAAUAGGAAAAUCAGGGCGACCAGAAAACAAGUUCUCUAGAAUGGAUCACUGAAGAAGAGAAUGAAGAUCUACUUAAUGGGCCAGAUACAUCAUCGUUCAAGGCAUUUCUCUAUUCUUUGUUGUCUGCUUCAGAGCCUGGAAGCAAAGCUGAAUCAGAUGCUGAAAAUGAACAUGAAGGAGGACUGGGUGGGGAUCAACCAUCAGACAGUGAAACGAAAGGGAACACAGGGAAGAAAGGUUUGCUAUCUAAGGGGAAACAAUCUCUUAGAAACGUGUACCAAUUCACUAGAAUCAGUGGGUAUUGGGGUCAAGAGCGUAAGGGUGAAUCUAAGUCCAAGUUUGUUAAUGAGGGUCCUGAUAGCUUUGAUGGACUUGAGAUGAAGGACAUGCUGCCAAGUGGGAACCCGCCUGCUGCUUUAGAGCACCUUCCUGACAUUUCUGAACCUUCAUUACUUCUCUCAGAAAAGACAAGGAUGGUGCUCUAUGCUUCACUUCCUGCUCUUGUUAAAGGGAGGAAAUGGUUGUUGCUGUACAGGUGAGUGCCUGAGAGAUGGUUUUUUCAUUCUUCUCUUGUAUAUUUUUGGUACUGGUACAUAUUCUUGAUUAUGUGGUUCUUUGCAGUACCUGGAGGCAUGGGAUUUCGCUCUCAACUUUAUAUAGAAGAAGCAUGCUCUGGCCUGGUCCCAGUCUGCUGGUAAUGCAUGAAUUACAUGCUCUCGACUUAUCAGCUUCACUUCCUUCUCUUUAGUAAUUUGACCUUCUUUCAGCUUAUCCAAUCCUCUCUUCUUCUUGAAUAUUUAGACCCCAACAAACUAGAAGGUAAAUUUGAUGCAAAUAGCAACAAUUGUUUUGUACGGGAAGUACUAUGUCCAACCAGAUGGCUCUAGAGAUGUUUUAGGUCUUAGAUCUAGAGCAUGGGACAAAGGAAACACGAACAAAAACCUGAUUGAAUUGGAGAAUAGGGUAGAGUAAUAGAAGACCUCGUUCUGAAUAUCCUGUUUGUCGUUGGAGGAACUGCUGCUGGUAUCUUUAGUCACUUUCCACAUUGUUUUGUUUCAUUUUGUCUCAGGUUGUUGGAGACAGAAAAGGUGCUGUUUUUGGUGGUUUGGUUGAAGCACCACUCAGACCAACAAACAAAAAGUAUCAGGUGGCAUAUCUUGCUUCUAUUCACUUAUGCGUAUUCAAUUUUUAAAGGGAUACUGACGCUAGAUAUUUACAGGGCACAAAUAGGACCUUUGUCUUCACAAAUACAUCUGGAAAUCCCGUUAUAUUCCACCCUACUGGUACUUCUUUCCAUUAAUCUCUGCUGCACAGCAUUAGAUACUUGUUAAAAAUAUCCCUUUUAUGCGUCAUUGCUGUAAUUUUUUAGCUACAUGUGACUGGAGUUUUUUGCUAGUCAACGUUCUAUCUUUCACUCUCGUCAGUAUGUUGUUUAUGAAACCAUUUACAACACUGGAUUUUUAGUUGUAAAGUAAAAUAUGCCAACUCUUUGCUGGUAAAAGCUACCAGUCCCUAUAGAAUUAUACUUGAGAAGUUAUUUUGUAGUGUUCUGAUUUGAUUGAUGAAACAAGUCUUUUGAGUUUACACUGAACCACUUCCAAUAAUCUCUACAUCAAUUGCUUGCAUGAUGGAGGAAUGUUGGAAUGUCAGCCUAUGAAAUUUUAAUCUAAUUAACGCACAGGGCAGUGCUGACAACUAUUUUGGAUCAAGCUUGCCAUGCACACGGUGCAUUUAACAUUAGUCUUGUAGUGUCCUAAUGGCUACAUACUUGUGAUCAGGUGCAAAUCGAUAUUACACUUUGUGCUCGACUGACUUUCUAGCAGUUGGUGGUGGUGGCCACUUUGCGCUGUACUUGGACAAUGAACUGUAAGCUCUGGUUUCUCUCGAACAAGAAUAGAUGUGUUCCAUGCAUGUUCAAAGAACUAAAAACAAAUAGGUGGGAACUGCUGAUUUCUGAUGGUUUUGUUUUGUGUCGAAAAGGUUAAACGGAUCGAGUUCAGUGUCAGAAACAUACGGAAACCCUUGCCUCGCAUUCUCACAGGACUUUGAAGUGAAAGAGGUGGAGGUAUGGUUUCAAGCUAGAUCUCUCUGUCUAUGCACAACAUGUAUACUCAGUUACUUUCCACAGUUAAGUGAAGUGAGGCCAUGUCCAUCUUUCUGCAGUUGUGGGGGUUUGUGUACGGUACGAAGUACGAUGAACUACUUGCUGCCAGUAAAACGGAGGCUCCUGGUAUUUGCCGAUGGUGACUGUGUAGGAAAAGCUGCCUGCCAUUUCUACAGAAAUGGAGAUAUCCUUCUCUCAUUUUUGUUGCAAGUAGGCACGAGUAAGAAAGAUGACUCUCAGCCAAUCUAAUACAGCAUGUACAUAGGAUGACGUCUCACCCACCGUAUGUGUAUAUAAUCUUGACGCAUGACUUAUGGAUCUUCGUCCCUGAUGCUGUCUGCCACCAGUCUCAAUUAGCCAUACCCAUAAUCAUAAUAUAAUACCUUCGACAUACUUUCAACAUCAACCCAUCACCGUGGCGGUUCUAAAACAGUUCUUUCAGGAACAGGUUGUUUUCUUGUUUCAGGUGCAACUGACGAAGCAAGACGAGAAAUUCACGGCUCUCACAGCUCGAUUUGAUGACUUGACUCAACAAAUCUCAACCCUGAAUCGGCAAGGAGGAACGACGACGACAGUCCAGACAGGAGCCCGAGUUCUUCUUGAUGCUAAUGUGACGCCGCCGAGAAAUUUUGAAACUCCGACGGUAAAUCGAAAUCAAUAAGCUGAUCAAGUCCUAGCCGUGCGAAUUCAGGAAUUGGAGCAUCAAUUGACGGCUCUGGAGAUUCCCAAUGAUGACAGGAAAUUCCAAAAUCGAUGCCAAUUCGAUUACCACCGGACUGAACGUGAAUAGGAAGAACUUCCGUUGUCUGAAUUGUAGGGGAUUAAACUAUCAAUCCCAACCUUUCAUGGAAUGAACAAUGCGUCGGCUUACAUGGAUUGGGAGAGGAAGAUCCUCUUGUUCUUUCAGCGUGAACAUUACUCCGAAACCCAGAAGGUGCGCUUAGCCACCUAUGAGUUUCAGGACAAUGUAGCACAUUGGUGGGAACAAGUCCAAGUCCGGCGACGGCGUAAUCUGCAGGCUGAAGUGACAACCUGGGAGGAGCUGAGGGGAUUGAUGCAUGAGAAGUUUGUGCCAGCGUAUUAAUGGUGAGAAUUACAUGAAUCCCUGCAAGCAAUUCGUCAAGGAUCACAGAUAGUAGAUGAAUAUGCCAGGGAAUUGGAAUUGACCAUGACCUGAGUCGACAUCCGAGAGGAUUUAGAGGCUACAAUCUUGCGAUUCCUAUCUGGAUUGAACAAGGAGAUAAGGUAUGAGGUGUAAUUACGCCAUUUUGUUGAUCUAGAAGAUGCAAUCCACCUAGCGAUCAAGAUUGAGAAGCAAUUGAAGCAUAGUGCGAGAAGGCGAUUUUUUGCGCCUGCCGCCAAGACAGAGCAACAAUUAUGAGCCUGCUCCGGUCGCUGUUCCCCCUACAAAUCGACCCAUACAAUUGAAGCCAAUUGCUCCACAAGGCAGCUAGGAUCAUGCUGGAAGCUCGACGAGUAAGCUCGAGUGUUUUAAAUGCCAUGUCCGAGGGCACAAAUCCUUCCAAUGCCCCAAUACGAAGACACUUGUCCUUCUUGACGGAGAAUACUACUCCGAGAGUGAGGAAGAAGAGAAGCAUCCCGAAGACGAAUCCACUGAAGAAGAGGUUGAUGAGGCCAUUGAGAUGAAGGCUCCAUGAGGGAAUUUCCUCGUCGACAGGAGAGCUCUCACAGUUAAAGUGGUUAGUGAAACCCAGCAAUGAUCCAACCUCUUCCAUACCCGCUGCCAAAUUCAAGGUAAAACGGCGUCAAUGGUGAUCGACGGUGGAAGUUUCACCAACGUCGUCAGCUUGGAGACUGUGGGGGAGCUUGGCUUGAGCACUUUCAAGCAUCACGAGUCCUACAACCUGCAUUGGCUCAAUGAUCAUGGAGCUGUGAAGGUGACGAAGCAGGCAUGGGUUGAGUUUGAAAUUGAUCAAUACAAUGAUCGAAUUCUUUGUGAUAUAGCUCCUAUGCACGUUGCUCAUAUCCUUUUGGGAAGAACUUGGCAGUACGAUAGUGGAGUUACCCACCAUGGCAGAUCAAACUGCUAUACUUUCCAGCAUGAAGGGAAGAAGCUCAAACCGACUCCUCUAUCACCGGUCGAGGUUCGUGACGACAAAGGCAUCUAGAGUCCAAUCCAGCUCAGGGAAAAAGAAGGGAAGGGUACUGGGACGCAUCCAGAUGCUGAUUCGAAUUGGAAUGGAAACUAGAACACUUUCUAAAUCCAGGGAAGGAAUUGGAUGAGAUUGGUUCAUCUUGGAAUACCAUUUUCGAGGCUCCCAAAGAAGCUCCCUCGAACUGCCAGCAAUCCGAAUCUCAUAAGGAUUCCUAGUCCUAUUCGGAUUACAUGUGUAAUUUAGUUUCCUUGUUGAAUUAGGUUAAAUUUACGUAGUCUUAGUUUUGUUUGAGUUUGUUUAAGCCUAUAAAAGGCCUCAAUCGUGCGUUGUGAGUUUGUUCUUGGUCUUGGUUGCGAUCAAAACUUGCUGAAACUAGCCUAUUGAUUGAGCAAACCCACUCGAUUAUAUCAAAGGCAACCUUAUAACAAUAGUGCAAUCUCCCAGGUGUGAGAUUUCUCCUUCGUUUCUAUCCAAUUAAAACUUGAACUGGCUUAUCCAAACUCGUUUGGGGAACUCUGUUUCUGUGUUCGUGACAAAGAAACCUUUGAUUCCUUGUUUGUGGUGAAGCUGCGCAAUUCUAUGCAAUAACACCUAUCUAGGGUGUUAUCAAUUGUCUCCUCCAAAAGCUUGCAUGUCUCCUCUAUUCAUCUCAUAAAACAGAACCACGGUUACCUCAAACCCAACAAAAAAAGCCAAAAGAGUACGAUUAUGUUUGGCCGAAUUUUAGAAGUUUUAUGUUUUAAAAGUUGAAGCCAAGAAAUCUUACGUGAUUCAUUUUAAAUAAAUUUUUAUUUUUAGAACUUUUAAUCAUAUUUUAUGUUAGAACUUAUUUUUAGUCAUUUUACAUUACCUCUUAUAUAAGAAAGUAAUUGUGAUAUUUUUAGCCAAUCCGGUUAAAACCGCAAAACCGGAUUAAAAUCUUCAAACAAGCCCAGCCCACAAUCCAAUCCCCAGGCCCACACUCAGCAAAUCCAGCCCGACCCAGAGCCCAACCCUGAAUCUAAUCCUACUCCCUCUUGCUCUCACCCACGUUUCCAUACCAGCCGCUCACUCCUCCCCUCUAAUCUCCCUCGCCGAAAACCCACCUUGGAUACUAGAGUCGCCGCAAUUGGCCACCACCUCCUCCUCCUUCCCGACCACGACCACCACCGUCAUCGACCUCAUCAUCCAAUCCUUCUCCUCCAUCAUCCCAUCCAUCCUCCUGAAACACCCUCCAUCACUCAUCUCCACUCCGCCCCAUUCCCAGCCAGCGCCGCCGCCGACGCCGCCUCAAUCUCCUCCGCCAUCAGCUCGUGCAUGGAGGAAAAGGAGGUGUCGACCACGACUCGUCGCCUUUCCAGCCCCAAUUCCCUCUAUGAUCUGUAAAUCGCCAUCUUCCCCUCUCUGCAUGCCAAGGCAUAUUUGGGCGACGGAGACGACGAUGCUCACAACGCAGGCGGAAGACAAAUCGACAUACCAAGUGAGCAACCUGCUUGCCUCAUCAAAGAGAAGAAGAGGCAGAUGGAAGAAACAAGAAAGAGAAAGAAGAACAGAGAGGAGAAAAGGUAGGUGGAAGAAAGAUCGGUAAAGAAGAAGAGAGAAGGAAUUUAUGAUUUUCUAUAAUAAAGAGGGAGAUUGAGAAAAUAGGGACGGUUCAAAAGUGGAGGAGGCAGAGACCCCUCUUCUCAAUUUCAUUGUUUUUCUUUUUUUUCAAAUUUUUUUCAAACGUCAAAGUUUUGGAAGGGCCAAUAUGGUUUCUGGUUUAAAACCGGAUUGGACCAGUCCGGUCACGGUUGAAACCGAAUGCCAUCCAAUCCCGUCUCCAGUUAUGGUAUUUGCCAAAACGGUCUUAAAAAACCGGGUCAAUCCGGUCCGGUUUUGACCGGACCGGAUCGUUUCCCACCCCUAAUAGUUUUUCAUCUAAACGCUCAACAUUUUUUUAAAUACUUCAUAAAAAGAUCCAGAAAAAUAUUUUUAUUCUGCAAAAGUUACAUCAUGAUCAACUACUAGCCAUACAAAUUGAAAAGAAGUUUAAACAUAAAUAAUUUAUUCGAUAACCCUUCUACCUUAUGCAAAUUCAUCGACCAUAUGCUAUUGUAAAUAACAAAUACAAAUCUAUGAAAAGAAUGAUUAAAAAUGAAAUAAAAUUACUUUCACUAGGUCCACAUUAAAAUUAUUACUUUUAAAAAUAUUGAUUUGUCUGGGGGAGGAUUUGGCACUUGGAACUUGCAUGAGAGACGGCUAACAUGCUCGUCCGAAAUGGUACUAGGGCCCAGGGACUGCAAUAGAGUGUGUUAGGACUUGGGAAUUGUUCAAAAACAACAAAACAAAAGACAUGCAUUAAAAAAACACAUAAUAUUAAUGAAAAUCACCUAUAUAUGUUGUUAUAUUUUCAUAAUAUGAUUGGAUAUUGAACCGAAAAAGUUAGUGAGUAAUGAUUCAGUGUUUAACCGUUAUAAAAUCGUUGAUUAACUGUUGAAAGAACCGUUCAUGCGUCAUAACAUAAAAGACAGAUAUAAUACACUGAUUUAACAAUGAAUUUAUCACUAACUAUAAAUGAUUUCAAAUAUCCAUAUCAUAUAUCACCAAAAAGUUCUAGCAAAACAUUCAAACUAUCCCCCAAAAGAUAGUAUGUCAUUGAACAUGCAAUUAGUCCCUCUCAAACUAGUAUUGGAACGUUUCUCCUUUGUUAAUCUGGCUUGUAUGAGUUCUUCUCCCUACUACAUCUGUCACAAUACACAUAACACAUAUCGAGCAUUCCCUUAUGACGUGUCUAACGUGGCUUCCUCCAGCCCUUUCAUCAGAAAGAAACCAUGAAACAUCGCGAUGUUUUUUGCCCCUGUCACAACAUUAUCGCAACUGGAAUAUCGAAAAAUCAUUAGGGAAGUAGUCUGUAUAAUCAUAUGUACUGUCAAACUCAUAAGUCAUGUCUACCUACAAUUACGAUUAAACUAACUCGUUAGACGCGUCCUAUUGUGGGGUUAACCAAUGUUGUCAAAACCGGACCAGACUCCGAUCCGAAUUAGUGAGUGGUUCAAGUUUUAUCGGCUAGCCGGUAAUUGACCGGUAUUAAAAACCAGUCAUAAACCGCCUAAUUGGUUACCAAAUUUGACCAUUAGCGACAUUAAAAUUGACCUCCUACAAUAUAAUUUCACCUGCAUCAUAAGUUUGACUCUAGAGAUGAAGAUAUAGAAGGUUAGAAAUGAAUUACUAUAAUGGAUAGGGGUAGGGAUGUCAAUCCAACCCGUAACCAUGGGUACCCUACCCGAGCGUAAUCGGUCAACGAGAGUAAUUACCCGCUUUGACGGGUUAAGGGGCAGGUAAUACCCGGUUUCAAAAUAAAGGGUAGGAUACGGGUAUGGUAAUUGAUAAUACCCACCCUGUUAUACCCGCCCCGGUAACCAAAUGGUCAAUUUCCCUAGCCCUAACCCUACCCAGCAGUCGCUUUUCCUUGCCCGCACACAAGUGAGGUGCUUGCUCAAACUCUUCUUGAAACUUUACCUACUUGGGAUAUUGAUACAAAGGUAUCUACGAUUACAUUUGAUAAUUGUUCUACUAAUGAUGCCUUGAUGGAUGUCAUGAAGCAUAAGUUAAGUAGUGAGCAUUUGAUGUGGUCUGGUUCUAAUAUUGUCUUUGUUGUUUUUGUUUAUGUGUGGAUUGUUGAAGCUAGAACAAAUAUGAUGUAUUGUGUUUUUGUUUGUGUGGAUUGUAGAAGCAUGAGUAAUUAUUAUGUGUUUGCUGCUUUUAUUUGUGUGGAUUGUUUUUAUUAUGUGUGGAUUGUUGAAGCUAGAACAGUUACAAGUAUUGAGAAUUUUUAAUAGACAAUAGUAUGUAUGUGCAUAUAUGUGUAUAAGUUCACAUUUUAGGAUUUGUACACAUGGUUACCCGAAUACCUGUGGUUACCCGAUGGGUAGGGUAUGGUUAUAUCAUUUUCAUACCCGGUGGUUAUUUGGUCGGGUAUUUUAGAAGACUCUACCCGGCGGGUUAGGAGUUGGUUUAGGGUAAACCCGCACCCGACCCUACCCAUUGCCAUCCCUAGGUAGGGGAAGAUACCGAGAAAGUGGAGCAAAUGAAAAAUAAUAAAUUCAUAUGUUUCCCAUCUCAUGCCGUUCGUUUUGGUUUCUUCCGAUUCAUUUUUUAUUAUUUUCUAUUUCUCAAUCCCCCCAUUAAUAUAUAGUACACUUUUGUGUACUUUUCUCCGAUUCGAAUUUCCUCCUCUCUCCUUAAUUUUAGGUAGGGGUAUAGUGAUAAUUGAUGUUGUUAAUUAAAAUUGGAAAAUUUU